AUGAUCCCGCUGGAGAAGCCCGGCAGCGGCCGUCCCUCUUUGGCUGCCGCCUCCGGCUUGGGCCCGGUCAGCAGGGGUCGGACGGUGCGUCACCGUCCGCCGCCCCAGGCUCGAGGGUUGCUGACGGAGAUCCGCGCCGCGGUGCGCACCGAGCCCUUCCAGGACAGCUACAGCCUGAGCCCGGGCCGGGAGCUGGGCAGGGGGAAAUUUGCAGUGGUGAGAAAAUGUGUAAAGAAAGAUUCUGGAAAAGAAUUUGCAGCAAAGUUCACGAGAAAAAGAAAAAAAGGCCAAGACUGUCGGAUGGAAAUUAUUCAUGAGAUUGCGGUGCUCGAGCUGGCCCAGGACAGCCCUUGGGUCAUUAACUUACAUGAAGUCUAUGAGACUCCAUCAGAAAUGAUCUUGGUUCUGGAAUAUGCUGCAGGGGGUGAAAUCUUUGAUCAGUGUGUCGCAGACCGAGAAGAUGCCUUUAAAGAAAAAGAUGUUCGGAGACUCAUGCGACAGAUUUUAGAAGGUGUGCACUUUCUACACACUCAUGAUGUAGUUCAUCUUGAUUUGAAGGUCCUGAAAGAAGAGGUCAAGAUGGAGGCUGAGCCUGUGAGGAAGUUGGGCGUGGUGGUGGUUGGUGUUGGCAGAGCUGGAUCCGUGAGGAUGAGGGACUUGCAGAAUCCAGAAUACAGAGUCAGCAAAAAAGAAUAA